GGCCGCCAUGUUUCCGUCUGGUUGCUGUGAUAGAGACGCGACGCUUCGGAUUUUAACUUUCUGUUAUAAAUUCAGAAAAUCAUCUGAGACUGAAAAUAAUCACCUGAAAUAAAGCUGUAAAGUAACACAAUGCUAUUACAUUCACGGCAGGACUGAAGGCGUUGGAUCAGAGAGCAGGCCCGUGCGCGCUCCUGUCACCAUGGCGACCGCGGGACUGCGCAUCGGAGAUCAGCUGGUGCUGGAGGAAGACUAUGAUGAGAACUACAUCCCUUCAGAGCAAGAGAUCCAUGAGUACGCGGUGGAGAUCGGCAUCGACCCGGAGCGAGAGCCUGAGCUGCUGUGGUUGGCCAGAGAGGGGAUGGUGGCACCUCUGCCGACCGAGUGGAAACCAUGUCAGGACGUCAGCGGUGAGGUGUACUACUUUAACUUCUCCACCGGUCAGUCCACCUGGGAUCAUCCGUGUGAUGAACACUACAGACAGCUGGUGGAGCAGGAGCGCGAGCGCAACCAACACGCCACAGCCCCCAGCGCCCUGAAGAGAGACAAGGACAAGAAGAAGAAGAAGAAGGACAAGAAAGACAAGAAGAAGGACAAGAGGAAGGAGCUGGAGGAAGUCAGAGCUCCAGGGGUGCUGGCUCCUCUCACUCGUCUCCGUGCUCUGUCUGACGCUCCUGUCGCUCCUCUCAGAGGAUCUGGACUCCAGCCGCUCUCUCUCGGGGCUGUGUCUAGUUCUGCUGCUGUCAGGAGCGCUGAGGAAGACGAGGAGAUAUCUGAGGAAGAGAGGCCGCGGGACUCAGCCGGACUCCUGCAGAACCUUCAUCUGGAUCUGGACGCUCUGGGAGCAGGUCUACAGUACGAGGACAGUGAGGUCAGUGUGACGGUUCCUCCUGAAGAAAGAACAGAACCUGAACUACAGGAUUUGGCCCUGUCCAGAGAUCACAGUCCAGAAGCUCCUUCAGAGGACUCGUUUGGACGUCACCUCCAUUCCACAGCAGCUUCACGACCUCUGACCCCAGAUGCUGCGGUGUCCAGCGGCCGAGAGGAAGACGAACAGAUGAGCGAAGGAGCGCAGGAGGAGAAACAGUCAGAUGAAGAGGAGAACGGACAGAUCAGAGAUGAAGAGACAGAGAACAGAGAGAGGGAGGAGGAGGAUGAACAGAUGGAGAGAUUCAAUAGUCCUGAAGAGAAGGAGGAGAGAACAGAAGAAGAUAAAAGGAAAGGAAACAUAGAUGAGAACAGACAGAUGAGAGAUGAAGAGAUGCAGAACACAGAGAGCGAGGAGAUUGAGGAACAGAUCAGCAAUCCUGAGGAGGAGGAGAAGAACGUGAUGGAGGAGAGAACAGAAGGAGGAGAUCAGACGGAGAAGAGAGAUGAUGGAAACAUGGAAGAAGAGAUGACUGAAACACACAAAUGGUCCAUAAAUGGAGAAGCAGAGGCCAUCAGAAGUGUUUCCUCUGAGGAAGAGCGUCAGGAGAGUGAGGCAGAGGAGGAUAAACAUGAGGAAGAGCAGAGAGAGACUGAAGGACUCGUCUCAGAGGCUCAGAGUAACAGCUCUCGCCUUCAAGUCACUCGUGUUAAAGCAGGGAAGUUUGUGCCUCAGUGGAAUCCAGUGUCUAGUGAGGAGUCUGAGGACAGUGAAGCAGCAGCGUCGCUAUCAUCCACUGAUAAUGUGAAGGACAGGAAGGAAGCCGAGGGCGAGGCAGAUGUGGACAGAUGUGUGGAUGUCUCUGACUCUGCAGACAGGCAUUUGUCUAGUGAUGAAGAAGAGAAGAUGACACGAGAAGAGAGGGAGGAAGAAGAGAAGAGAAAGUGUGAUGAAGAAGAGAAAAGACCAGAAGAGAGAGAGGAAGAGGAGAAGAGAAAGUGUGAUGAAGAAGAGAAAAGACCAGAAGAGAGAGAGGAAGAGGAGAAGAGAAAGUGUGAUGAAGAAGAGAAAAGACAAGAAGAGAGAGAGGAAGGGGAGAAGAGAAAAGGAGAGGAAGAGACUGGACAGAUGGAGGAGGAGAGGAGCAGACUGAUGGAGGAAGAGAGGAGCAGACUGAUGGAGGAGGAGAGGAGCAGACUGAUGGAGGAGGAGAGGAGCAGACUGAUGGAGGAGACGCAGAGGAGACUGCAGCUGCUCAGAGACGCUCUGAUGAAGGACGAGGAGGACGAGGAGCGCCGGAUGAAGGAGGAGAGCGCAGAGCUGCUCAGAGUCCUGAAGGAGCAGAUGAUCAAACAGAGACGAGACAAGGAGGAGCGACUGAACAACGACAUGCACACACAGCUACAGCAGCUCAGGCUUGAGAAUGAGGUGAAGCUGCAGGAGCUGCGUUCAGAGCUGGAGGCGGAGCAAGAGAGGGUGGAGACUCAGAGGAGGCAGGACCUCAAGCAUCUGAGGGAGGAGUCAGAGGAGGAGCUCCAGGCAGAGAGGAGGCGGCUACAAGAGAAGAAGGAGGAGCAGCUGACCUCCAUCAGACUACAGGAUAAACUGAGUGACACACAGAAGGAUUUGAGGAGCACACGACCAGAACAGCCUUUAGUAGAGUAUCAGAGAGAGCUCACAGAUGUGCUGCAGGAAGUCCGGGAGGAAGUCGAGAGAGAUCACAGGAGGAAACUAGAACAACUGAAGGAGGAACAUCAACAGGAGCUACAGAACCUGAGAGAGACACUCCUGGAGCAGGAGAGCAGGGAGCGGGAGCGUCUGCUGGAUUCUCUUCAGAAGGAGAGAGACGCUGUGAUCUCUAAACACACAACCCAACUACACAAACUACAGCACACACUGGACACACAGCUGCAGGAGACGCGCAGGACACACUCACAGAAGGAGUCAGAGCUACAGGAGUGGAAGGAGAAGCUGGAGAAAGAAACCAAAGAACUUCACACUCAGGAGACUGAGCUUCAGUCAAAGGCAUCAGAUCUGAGGAAGAGGAGACAGCAGCUGUGUGAGGAAGAGGAGGACCUUCAGAGAGGACUACAGUCUCUCCCUCUGCUGCUGAAGGAGCGUGACGAGCUGUGUGAGGAUCUGCGGAGAGAGAGACAGGAGCGAGAGCGACAGAGAGAGGAGAGCUGCAGGAUGAUGGAGGAGAGACAGCAGCUGGAGGAUAGAGUCACACUGCUGCAGGAGCGAUGUGAGCAGCUCACCUCCAGAGUCAGUGAACUGGAGCAGAGCAGCAGAGCGGAGCGACAUCAGCAGCAGGACGAGCAGAAGAAGAGCAAGAGAAAGACAGAGAACGGUCUGCGUUUGGAGGAUCUGGAGACUCCACUGCUGCGGUCCGACGCCAGCGACACCAGCGUAGACGACGUGAGGCAGUACAUGUGGAAUGAGAGCGUGUCUCUCUCCAGGGCUCGUCAGUUUCUGGAGCGGCAGAGCGCUCACAUGUUUGACAGACAGGCAGCGCUGCGGGCGGCUCACAACAGUCUGAAGGACCCCACGCCUGGGAGCUCAACACAACAGCAGCUCUACCACAACCUGCAGCAGGAGGUGAGGGAUCUGGCUGAGUUGAGGGAGACACUUCUGAAGGGUCAAACGCUCCUGAAAGAAAAAGAGGAGAAACUCAACCAUCUCGAAACAUCACUGACCGAAGAGGUGUCGUGCGAUGAUGCUGAGAGGUCAGCUGAUCGUAAAGUGACGUUUGAUGUGACCGAGUCAGAGAUGAGCAGUGUGUACAGCCCAGAGGGAACAGUUCCAGUGAAGGUGCAGCAGCUGGCCGACUCUCUGCAGCUGAUCUCAGGUCAGCUCAACUCUGUGUUAGGAGCUUUGGGUUCAGUGACACACAAACAGACUCCGCCCCCUCUUACAACACCCCUGUUGCCCCGCCCCUCCUGGGCGUGGCCUACAACCCCCUCCCCUUCACUGGCCAAUGGACUCUCACACAGAGCCACAGACUCACUGCAGACACGCUGGAGCGGCCUGAGCUCAGAAACCAGCAGAGCGCACAUGACCUACUCAGGCUACACACCACCAAGUCUGUCGAGUCUGCGUCCAUCAGAGGUCGAGGGUCAGCGGCUGCAGGGUCUUAUUGAAGGAAACAAACGCUGGCUAGAGGCUCAACGAAAGAACUGCAACAUUCCUCUGUUCCCGAGUCUCAGGAGCGCGUCCAGCGGUGGAGGAUUAGUUCAGCUCAGCCUCGAUGACAACAACCAGAUUAAAGUUCAUCAUUACUGAAGCUGAAGCAGUGUGUGUGUGUGUGUGUGUGUGUGUGUAUGUUCAUGAGCUGUAAGAUCUCUGCAGGAUUUAUAUGCUUACAAACUAUUUAGUUUGCAUUCUUAUUUGUAUAGCGGUUGUACCAUAUUUUUGUAAAAAAUAAAUUAAUUUAUUACUUGA